AAACUACUACCGGGUUCCUUGACGUUGGAGUCUCCUAUCCUCCACACAGUUGUUAUUUAUUUACGGUGUUGAAUAAUUCCAGCAAAUCGUUCGCUUCUCCUCAAAGCGCGUGCGUGAGCGUGGAAGCACGCUGACGUUUGUACACAUAGUAUAUAUACAACUCGCGCGCGUAACACAUGGGCCUGGAGUGGUGUGUUGAAUGUAUUAAGAACGUAGGCAGUUUUAUAUUAGAUCUAAAGUAAUUAUAAAGGAAUUAAGUUGGUAAGAUUCCAAUCUGAGUUCAGUCCGAGUACGGUUUUCACCAUGGAUGUACCGAGUCUAGCGAAUUUGCUGUUUUGUGGUAUUGUUUUGCUGGGAUUUCUUGACGACAACUGUGUUGGCCAGAAGCUUGAGAUCUCCGCCUUUGAGUACAACCGGAAAUUUGGAUCAAGUCUGGACAUCGGCCAGUGUUCGCUUAAAAUUGAACAAAUUUCUCCAGGUGUUGCUGUGACCAGGAACUGUAAUCUACCAAACAAACAGGGACCAGUGAGGAGUGUUUCCAAGGUCCUCAACGAUACACGAAACUUUGAAGUUCGCCAAUAUAAUGACAUAUUUGUGUUCAUGGGACUUUGUGAUGCCACGACAGUUACGAGCCUCGGGAUCUUACACAAAGGGGACUGCUUCGCCGUGGAGAUAGCCAGUAACCUUACCUUCAACCGUAAGACCUACAUCCGGGCAUACGUUGAGUAUUAUCGACGGAGUGUUGACAUACAAGAGGAUGGAAUAGCCUUAAAUCCAGUCCUGGCACAGCAUUACGACGGGGCAUACUACCUACGAGAUAGAAGUUACGGAAUGCUGGAGAUUAUAGUCGUAGAGAUGAAGUUCCGACACGCAGCAUCUGUCGGACUCUUGAAAAAAUCUAACUUCCAGUCGCAGUCCAUGUCAGAACAUUUAAAAUUUGCCGAACGUGAAGUCGGGCUACCAUACACCACAAAGGUUAUCCGGAUAUCCACUACUGAGAAUAAGGUCGAGAUGACCCAGUUUAGGAAAAGAGAUUUCACACAGGCUUACAAGAACGUAAAACGCUAUGAACAGGACCUCUACCGUAUCCGGGAGGAAAUGUAUUCACGGAAGCCUCAUCUCAAUUACGGAAUGCUCCCUUUCCUUCCCAAGCCCAGAGCCUUAGGACUAUCCAGUGGGGGAGAUAUGCUGACAUGGGAAACCGCUACAGCCAUAGAGAUAAUGAUCAACAGGGGCAUCACCAUAUACAAGUCCCUCAAACGGACGUGUAAUCGCGCUAAGAUUACUACCUGUAGCCUCCUGAGAUAUGUCAAACGAGAACUGCGGAGCAUUAAAACGGUUAUUCACAGUAAGAGAUCAAAAUGGAGCUAUCUUCCUGCCGACGAACAGGUAACGACCAACAAAUUGUAUAGUGGACGCAUGCGCAGGAUACAAAAGGAAAUUGCAAGAAUACGCCGAAGUUUGAAACUGUGGCGUGUUCAGCAAAGGAAAGCCAAAGCUUUAAAACUGGGACGACGGAAAAGACAGAAAAAGGCAAAAAAUCAGUCAUUUCGGAGGAAAAUGACAUCGAAGAAAAACAGAGUCCAAAUUUCGUGACGUUUACAUAAAAAUUGAAAAAAAUGGAUGUUUAUGUGUAUCUAAAAGGUUUGGUUACCAUACAAAAUGAAGGUACAAUAUUAGGUUCGGUUUGUCUCAAGUAACCACCUCAAGCGAAUGCUUUUUGGAUGGUAUCAUUUAAAUAGGGCGUGUCUUGUUACAAUGACCUUUAAAUACUGGGACAUUGUCCAGUGUCGGCCUGUGGGAAAUGAUGUGUUAUUUCUUGAGAAGGAGAUUCGUGAUACAGUGAAUCAUGUACAUAGAAAUGUACAUAUGCUUUCGGAGAAAUGUGUUUAAUACUUUUCUACCACAACUGAACGAUAUCGUCUGCAAGUUGGAUUUAUGAUGCAACGAACGAACGUUGCAUUACAGAUAAAGGAAUUAUGUUUUCCACAAGUUUCUAUAUAAUAGCUGUCUACAUGUGUGUUGGCUGCAGGAUUUUGUCUGGAGUUUGAGCAGUGACUACUUAUCAUGAAGGAAUGGACAAAAAACGAUAUCGUCCUGUUUGCCAUGUUCGUACUAAUACCAAAUUACAAUCAAUCUCGAACAACUUCGCAAUUUCGACCUAAAGUUCCAAAGGAUAUAACUGAUACAGAUACGUCCUGGAUAUCUGUCAUGACGUAUUUGUUAAGAGCGAACCAUUGGCAUAUUGACGAUAACGUACCAAAACGUAAAAAUAUCGGGGACGUAGUCUUAUCCCAAUCUUACAAAUCAUUAUUAGAUAUGCCAAACCAAGUAAGACUGACACAUGAUGCAAGAUAAAGACAAUUUUUAUAAAACAUUUCAACAUUGAUAUUCAUCAUUUCUUGCUUUUCAUGUUUCAUAAAAUUGCCAAGACUGGUUUACAGCUCCAAAGAUUUUUGUAAGAAUUUGCCCAGAUAACUUCUUACAGAGGCUUAUCUUCUCCGCCGCUUCUCUAGUUUGACGCUUACUAGGUAAACAUACCAUAGAGGCCAAAAUUAUUAAUUUCAAUUUCAUUUAUAAUUUUGAUAUUCUAUUGACAGGGGCCAGGAUAAAAAAAGCACUAUACUGUAUGGUUGGUAAUAUUGAAUUAAGGUUUAUUUUCGAUAUAUUUGCGGUUAUUAUAUGCAACGCAAAAAUAAAUCACAUGAAUAUUUGUAUCGUGAAUAAUGAUUUCCAUGGAUGUAAAUUACAUGUCUAUACAAAGGCCUAGCCUUGUUGACCUGCAAAAUGGGGACUUAAUAUCGCGAACAAGGUCCAACCGGAACAACCGCGAAGCAUCAGCCCCGCGAAAAUGAACAAUUAUACAGUAUCGGGAAACUAGUGUUUUUUAUGUACAUUGUAUAGAAACUUUUGACAUGUAACAAAUGUGUGCAUUUAUGAAGCUUAUCGACAACACAUUUUCUGUUAUUGUCAUACUCAUUCUCGUAUCAGCAACAUUGGCGCAAUGUUUCAUAAAGUGUUGCUAUCUGUGUGAAGAUGUAAAUAUUUUUUUUUGCGUUGAUAUUAAAAUAUAAUAUAUGUAGAAGGAAAAUAGUUCAGCUGCCAAUGCCAGACUCUGAUUUUUGACAGCAUAUCAGUUUCAAUUUUUGCUAUGUCAUACUGUAUAUAAAUUUUGUAAUUAUGUAUUGGAGGGAGGAUGGACAUUGCAUUCUGGCCAUUUUAACAUCAACAUUGUAUUUGAAAAAUGAAAAUAUAUGAUUUAUUAAUCAAAAGUUUAAGGUAUUUUAAUGGUUACAAUAAAUUAUUUAAUACAUACCAGGCAGUAAUCUUGUCAUGGUAUGUAUCGCAUUCUAACCAUCUCCAAGUCACAUCUGCCUAUAUUUCAAGACAAUAGAAGAAAAUGCCGUUAUAUAUUUUUAUCAAUGUAUCAAAUUCACUCUUUGGGUGUUGGGAAGGACAGAAUGCAAUACAUAGUUAAAGGGGUAUUCCUUCGUUUGAAUAAAGUUUAGGUCAAAUUAAACUUACUGGAAAAUAUUAUUUUUUCCUUGUACAAAUGUAGUAAAAGUUAAAAUCUUUACGUUAAUACGGCAGUUUUACUCUCAAGAUAAAACCAAAGUUCUUCGAGUAUUAAGUCCUAAAAAUUCUUAAUUCGAUCCGAAAUAUCACUAAUUACCGCAAUGACAUACGGUAUUUGUCUAUAAUACGCCUUUACCUGUACAUUUGGGUGUUUAUUUCAUUACUUGUAGGUUUAAACACUCAUAUAAUCAUCGUUCGGACAUAGAUUUCAUCAAUAGAAAUUGUGCAUGUUUCUGAUGUCCGAACGAAGGAAUGUCCCUUUAAUGAUUUCUUGAUGUCAAUAUUGUAAUAUUUGUAUUGUUUAAUUGUUUUUGUCAUUGUCAAAUGAAAAUGAAUUAACUGACUUAAGAAUAUUUCUAGGAAACUGAAACACUAUAUGUCAAUUAAAAUUAGUUCAGUUCCAUG